UUAUGCGCCAGCAAAUGCCAUAGACUAUUCUUGAACAUUAUCCUGGGAAUAGGCUACCCAUAUGACCUUUCGGCAAAUUUGGGAUUUGCUCUGCAGUUCCCUAUGGUUCCCUCUGGCUAAGAGGCAAGACCUUCCAAUGUCCCUAAAACAUGGGCACGCAAUAGCCUAUAUCGCUAAUCCGAGGUGUAGCCUAUUUCUUUGGAAUAUAGUAAACAGCUGCAUUUAAAACCUUCGUUUAAAAGAUUGCUACACUUUUGAAACGAUUUGGUAACAGUUACCAUUUUAAGUCUAAUUUCACUUAGUUACGCCCCUGAUGGAAGUCAUAAGUCAAUUAACCUUUUCCAGAUCCACUCCCAAUUAGGUCUGGGUGUUCCCAGGCUUGAUGGUCCGAGAGGCUACUCUUGAGAUUUAGUCAUUGUUUGAGUUUCAGCUUACAUCAUUACAAUAAAACAGAAAAAAACAUGGAACAAGGGAAAUAGGCUAUAACGCAUUUGACUGAAGAGUGUUCUGUGAAAACUCAAAUCGUGCUGUGUGCACAUUUGCUUUGGUUGCGUUGGGCACUUUUCCUUCCCUCUCCGAUGAACAGCUCUUGGCACCAGCGUUUGACUGUCAACAGCCCAACGUGGUUGAGAGGACAGUAACUCCAAUAGGCUAUGUAAGCUAUUGACUGAGCCAUUAUUAACCGCUAGAAAUGACAUUUGCGACCGUUUUGAUGGAGCUGUGGAAAUACAGAUCAUAACGUGCCGAUGCUCUUGUUGCAGACAUUCUUCAAAUUUGCACACGGUUCUCAGUCACAAGGCUUCAAAUAACAGUGCUCGGACAUUGUACUGGAUAUAGUACAGAGGAUGCUCGACUGCCAGCAUUAACAGCAAAACUUGUAGCGAACACUAAGUAUUUUAGGUUAUAAUAACUUCCUGUUGUCCUGACACUUCUGUGGCUUUGCGACAUCCCGAACUGUCACCAAAGUUACAAAACCAUUUGCGCGUGUGUUUGAUUUUAAGUCAUGUUUAGGAAAAAAGAUCCAGAAAAAAUCCACUUGGUCACCGACAAUGCGACCACGUAUAUGGGAAGGAAUUCUCAGAAUGAAGUCAAGGAGAAACAUGGGACCAUCACACAUUGCCAUGACAACAGUCGGGCACAGGAGGACCGAGAAAGUGAGAAAAAAGUCGCCAGGAAGCGACUCUACAUCGUCUCAGUUGUUUGUCUGGUCUUCAUGAUUGGUGAAAUCCUGGGAGGAUACUUUGCUGGGAGUCUGGCAGUGAUGACGGAUGCUGCCCACCUGCUUGUGGAUUUCACGAGCUUCAUCAUCAGCCUGUGUUCACUGUGGCUCUCCUCCAGACCGGCUACUCACAAACUGAGCUAUGGCUGGCAUCGGGCAGAGAUCCUGGGUGCCCUGCUUUCUGUGUGCACCAUCUGGUUGGUGACUGGCAUCCUGGUGUAUUUGGCAGUAGAACGCUUGAUAAGUGACGACUACACCAUUGAGGGGACACUCAUGCUCAUCACGUCAGGCUGUGCAGUGCUGGCCAACAUCAUCAUGGCGCUUACCCUGCACCAAUCAGGGCAUGGACACAGUCACGGUGGCCUGAGCUCCGGACAUGGACACAGCCAUGGCCAUAGCCAUGAGAAAGGAGGGAACCGGAAAGCAGAGAAUGGCCACACGCAUUCCCAUGGACAGGGCUCAGCGGAGCAUCAGGACGUGGAGGACGGCCGCGGGGUGGCGAGGCGACCUCAGGCCAACGCCAGCGUGAGAGCAGCGUUUGUGCACGUGGUGGGAGACCUUCUCCAGAGCAUCAGUGUGCUAGUCAGCGCCUUGAUCAUCUUCUUUAAGCCCGAAUACAAGAUGGCUGACCCCAUCUGCACUUUCCUGUUUUCCAUUUUUGUGCUCGGCACGACCAUCACUAUCAUGAGGGACAUCCUUGUGGUGCUCAUGGAAGGCACACCUGUAGGGGUGAAGUACAGCGAGGUGAGGGAUGUCCUCCUGUCUGUGAAGGGGGUCAAGGCAGUUCACAACCUCCACAUCUGGGCUCUGACCAUGAACCAGGGAGUGCUGUCCGCACAUGUGGCCAUAGAUGAUGCUGUGGAUCCGCAGCCUGUUUUGAGGGAGAUCACUAAAGUACUGUUCGACACCUACAGCUUUCACUCGGUUACUAUUCAAGUGGAGCCCCAAGCUGAUCAGAAGCCUGACUGCACCCUGUGCGAAGAUCCAAAAAUGUAGACUCCCCAAGGGCAUGGACUUGUGACUACCACCCCAGGUCACCCAAAAGACAGCAAAGGAAAGUUUGGAGAACCAGGAUUGUAAAUCCUAAAGUCUGUUUUUGUAGUUUUCUAAUUUAAACUUAAGUGUCUGGCCAGCUUUUAGUGGACCUUUGGACACCUACUGUAUGUGUUCUGUUGGUGUUCAUGGGCUGCAGGGUCACAAAACAGAAAUACAAACAAACAUCAGCUUGUCUCUUGAUUAACCCAUCUUAACCCCAUCUCUGGGGUUUAGAUAACAUGCCUUAUUAAGUUUAAUGGGCAGACUGUGUAUUUUUUUAAGAGUAAAUAUUAGCCCUCAGUAUGGUUUAGAUUUUUUGUUUUUUUAUGGGAUUUAUUCAGCAGCUCUGUGCCAAAAAUUCCGGUCCAAGUUGGAGAGCAGCUUUAAUGUUAUUUUAAACUGAACAACAAAACCAAAAGGGUUUGUGAGCGAGAGUCAAAGUACCACAUUUUAUUUUUACACAAUAACAAUGUCAGUUCUCACACAUCUGUCAGGUCAAAUGAAGAAAGAAGUUAUGUAUAUGUGCUUGGCACUGCAAACAAAUUCACUGUAUUUGUAUAACCGUAAAAGACUGUAGUCCUAUGUUUCUUUCAUGAUCAUGUGUACUGUAGACCUGUGGUCAUGUGUCUUGUGGGAAUAAAAAGACCAGUCAUGUGUACUGUA